AUGUCGGCUUCAUUUUCCAGUUUGCAAGGACAAAGAAUGUCUAAAAAUUUAGCUUCCAACUUUGUUCUUUCGAAAGAGGCUGAGGAGCAGCUAAACACACAUGUCAUUCAGGCUGGGAAAGCUAUUUUUGAGCUCUCAUAUACCAACGAAGAGCUCUUGCAAGAAUUGGAUGCAGUCUUAAAUUCUUUUGAUCUUGCUUGGCUCAUUUGGAAAACUGAAGGCAAAUGUACAGAAUUCGAAUGCACAAUGUUGGAGCAGUUGGACGGGCAUAUGCUGGAGGUGCAAAAGAAAUUUGAGGACCUUGCAAAAGAAACAGAGGCUGGCAACAUGGACGAUGUUGAAAAGGAAGCAUCAGAGUUUUUGAAGAUGUCCAAGGCAAAAUUGCAAGAAACCAUUAUGCAAAUCGAGGGAGAAGUUCAAAUGUGUGCUCAGGAACUCUUUAGUUUGAUCGAUUCAGCUUCAACAUAUAAAGAGUACAUGGGAUCAAAAAUUUCAAAAAUUUCGUACUUUUUUUGUUGUAAAUCAGUCUCUUUGGCUUGA